AUGGAGGAAGCAGCUGCGGAUGCGUACAAGCUGAGUUACAAAGUUGGUGUUGCGGAGAAUAAGAAUGCCAAGUUCAGGCGGACCAUGGAGGAUGUGCACACGUAUGUCAAGAACUUUGCGUCCCGGCUAGACUGGGGCUAUUUCGCGAUAUUCGACGGGCAUGCGGGGAUCCAGGCGUCUAAGUGGUGCGGCUCCAACCUGCACACGAUCAUAGAGAACAAGCUGAUGGCGGACGAGACCAAGGACGUCCGGGACGUGCUCAACGAGUCCUUUGUUAUGAUAGACAAGCAGAUUAACAAGGACCUGCAAGGAAAUAGUGGCUGUACAGCGGCAGUAUGCGUGCUGCGCUGGGAACUCCCGGACGGCUGCACAGAGCAGGAGGAGAUGGACCUCACGAAACACAAAAGGAAACUAUACACAGCCAACGUGGGAGACUCGAGAAUAGUGCUCUUCAGAAACGGACAGAGUAUACGGCUGACCUACGACCACAAGGCCUCGGACCCCUUGGAAAUGCAAAGAGUCGAGAAAGCAGGCGGGCUUAUCAUGAAGAGCAGAGUAAACGGCAUGCUCGCGGUUACUAGAUCGCUGGGAGAUAAGUUUUUUGACAGCCUAGUAGUGGGGAGCCCUUUCACAACCAGUGUAGAGAUUACACCAGCAGAUCAAUUUCUGAUUAUAGCAUGUGAUGGGUUAUGGGAUGUCAUAGACGAUCAAGAAGCAUGUGAGAUGAUCCAAGAUAUAGAAGAUCCACACGAAGCAGCCCGAGCUCUGGUAAGAAAUGCUUUAGAAAGAGGGACGACUGAUAAUGUCACUGUGAUGGUAGUUACAUUAUGA